UUCCAGGCACUUCUCCGGCCACCCACCGCCUCCGCGCAACCACCAGCGCGACCCAUUUCCAUCCCCCACAAACACCCCCCGGACGUCGCAUCUCCUUGAAUGAGCACAUCUUUCUGAGGGUCCGUAGGCAACUCUAGAGGCGGCGCGAACGAGAAGACUGAGCCUCGCCAGUCUUCUCUCUGCGGCAGUCCCCCACCAUCAUGCCCUCCUUCUACCCCCGGCAUAACAUGCCACGGCUAUCUCCCCAGGAGUUCGUCCCUAGCUACCACUCUGCCUGUGGCGCGUCAUACCCACCGCAGCAGCCCGCGUACGCUGGCCCCACGAUCCGGCAGCAAGAUGAUGGUUACGACUUCGCAGACCGCUACGGCCAACUGGCCAUCGCCAUGCCUCCCAUGUACCCGCAGGCCGGCACCUACCUCAGCAGUGCGCCUCCCAGCCUUCCACCUGCGAGCUCCUUUUACGAUCCCAUGGGCGCAACCACCCUUCCACCCAUGCGCGCACAGUCCGGCCACGCGUUGGCAGAGGCGGCUAUGCAGCAGCAGCGCGUGCACGAGUACAACCAGCGAAUGAGUCAGCCCGCCAAGGAAGAGAAGCCUGUCGGCGGUGUGUCUGCAAAGCUGGAUUAUGACAUGGACGUCAUGACCGAUUUCGUGUGCGAGACAGCCCUACGACUCAUCACGCCCGGCCGCAUGAUGCCCUCGUCGUUCCGCAAAUGGGUACACCAGGUGCUUUGCGCCACACGGCUGCCCUCGGCAACCAUCCUGCUUAGCAUGUAUUACCUGUCCAGCAGGAUGCCUAUGCUAGCUCACGAGCCCAAGACCGACACUCAUCUGUUCCGUCUCCUCACCAUCGCGCUUGUGCUGGGCAGCAAAUUCUUGGACGACAACACCUUCAUCAACCGUUCGUGGUCAGAAGUUAGCGGUAUUCAGGUUCAUGAGCUGAAUGAGCUGGAGCUGGAGUGGCUCGUAGCCAUCAAGUUCAAGCUUCAUCGCGAUCCAUCCGAGCAACAUGGUUGGACAUCAUGGUCAGAGCACUGGAAGGAUUAUCAGAACAGUGCUGCCGCCCGCUCUGGUCGUAGCAACAAGCUCAGCCCUAUCGACACAUCGGUACAACGACGCUCACUCAACCCUAACAAGCCGCUUCCUCCUCUGCCGAUGCACCAGGCCUACACUCCACCGUACGACUAUGCGCCCAAGUCGGCACACUCUGCAUACAACCCUCCGACCUACUCGCAGUACGACCCAUGGCGGUCCGCUAGCGAACACUCUCCUGCGUCAGCACCUACCACGGGCCCUACCACCCCAGAGUACUAUGGCACAACGGGUACUUGGGCUCCAGCUGAGGGAUACUCGCGUCGCACCAUGUUCGGUUUCCCACCCUUGUCUCAGCCCGCCCCUGCGCAAGCGCUUCAGCAGCCGUCCAAUUAUGGCCCACCCGCCUACUCCACUCAGUACACACCGUCUGCAUGGAAUCAGCAUGGUCUCAGCUGCGGAUGUGCCUACUGCGUGCAGAGGCACCCGCCUUACUACAUGGCACCUGGUUAUGGCCCCCAGGCUGUUGCCGUCUAAUCGCCCGCCACCUGCCGGCCGCAUGUCAAAGCGACAUCGCCUUGCCACACUUUCCUGGAUACAUGUUCGGCAGCCCAUUUUAGCACUUCCUAUGUUCAAAAAGUUACUUUCAGUUUCGCGAAGUACCAUGGCUUACCGGCCCACCCAAUCCUGAUCACUGGAUACAUCUGGCUACUUCGAUUCCCUCAAGCCUAGACUACCGGACACUCUUAAGGUGACAUUGCCUUAUUCCUUCUGCUAUCUGCAAGCAUA